GGGAGGUCAAGGGUCAGUGCGGAGACUGUUGGAGAUGGUGAAGCAGACGAUCCAGAUUUUCGCUAGGGUAAAGCCCUCCGUGCGGAAGCAGCAGCAAGGGAUUUAUUCCAUAGAAGAAGAUGAAAAGUUAGCACCUAGCUUGGAAAUUCUCUUACCCCGAGAUCUGGCGGAUGGAUUUGUGAACAAUAAGCGAGAAAGCUACAAGUUUAGAUUUCAAAGGAUUUUUGACCAAGAUGCAAAGCAAGAGAUCAUUUUUGAAAUCAUUGCCAAACCAGUGGCAGAGAGUGUCCUGGCAGGUUACAAUGGUACCAUCUUCGCAUAUGGGCAGACAGGCAGUGGCAAGACAUUCACCAUCACAGGUGGGGCCGAGCGCUACAGCGACAGAGGCAUCAUCCCAAGGACUCUGUCAUAUAUUUUUGAGCAGUUGCAAAAGGACAGCAGCAAGGUCUACACGACACACAUUUCUUACUUGGAAAUCUACAAUGAAUGUGGCUACGACCUGCUGGAUCCCAGACACGAAGCCUCCAAACUGGAAGAUCUGCCGAAAGUGACAACAUUGGAGGAUCCUGAUCAGAACAUUCACCUGAAAAACCUGUCUCUUCAUCAGGCAACAACCGAGGAGGAAGCUUUGAACUUGCUCUUCUUGGGGGACACCAACAGGAUGAUUGCAGAGACUCCUAUGAACCAAGCUUCAACCCGAUCACACUGUAUUUUCACUGUUCACUUGACCAGCAAGGAGCCGGGAUCUGCUACUGUCCGACAUGCUAAGCUCCAUUUGGUUGACCUAGCUGGGUCAGAGCGUGUUGCGAAGACUGGAGUCGGAGGUCUGCUUCUGACAGAGGCCAAGUACAUCAACUUGUCACUGCACUACCUGGAGCAGGUCAUCAUUGCCCUUUCGGAAAAACACCGCACACACAUCCCUUACAGGAACUCCAUGAUGACCAGCGUGCUCAGAGACAGUCUGGGAGGGAACUGCAUGACCACUAUGAUCGCCACCCUCUCUCUAGAGAAGAGGAACAUUGAUGAGUCCAUCUCUACCUGCAGAUUUGCUCAGAGAGUGGCCCUCAUUAGAAAUGAAGCCGUCCUCAAUGAAGAAAUUGACCCCAGACUGAUGAUUGUCCGCUUGCAAAAGGAGAUUGCAGAUCUGAAGGCGGAGCUGGCCAUGGCCACCGGGGAGUUGAGGACAGAGGCACUCACCGAAGCAGAGCUCCAUCAGCUGGAAAAACUAAUAGCAUCUUUUUUGGAAGACCAAGAUCCAGAGAGUAGACUGGAAGUUGGUGCCGAUAUGCGUAAAAUCCAUCACUGUUUUCAUCAUUUUAAGAAGCUGUUGAAUGACAAGAGCACCAUAAAGAAUCCAGUCUCCUCUGAGAGCGCGCACCAGGCAUGCCAAGAGCUGUUGGAAGGCGAAGAACAUACGAAGCUCCGAGACCUUCUUAAGCAGAGGGACAAUGAGAUCAAUAUCCUGGUCAACAUGUUAAAAAAGGAAAAGAAGAAAACUCAGGAUGCCCUCCACUUAUCUAGCAUGGAGAAGAGUGAAUCCAGGACACCACAGAACUCACCCUUCAUUUCUAAGAGCCCAGCAAGUCAGAGCACCUCCGUCUCCUCAGUCCUGAGCCAGGACCUCAGCAUCUACAGGCACAGAUCCAGUUUGCUCCACAAAAAAACAGGAAUGAGAGAGGAGAUGUCCCUGGGACGCCAGGAGGCUUUUGAAAUUUUCAAGAGGGACCAUGCUGACAGUGUCACCAUCGAAGACAACAAACAGAUUCUGAAGCAGAGAUUUUCUGAAGCAAAGGCUCUGGGAGAAAGCAUAAAUGAAACAAGAAGUAAGAUUGGUCAGCUAAAGGAUGCCAUCACCCAGCGGCACCUACAGCAAGUAGCUCUUGGAAUCUCAGAGAACACGACCACACCCUCCCUGCCUGACCAACAGGAAGAUAAACUGCGUUCACAACUGGAAGAGGAAAAGAGCAGGUACAGAACGACAUUCAUGCGCCUGAAAGCCCUGAAGGUGGAGAUUGAGCACCUGCAGCUGCUAAUGGACAAGGCCAAGGUGAAACUGCAGAAGGAGUUCGAUGUCUGGUGGGCUGAGGAGGCCACCAGCCUGCAGGUAUACUGCGGGGAGCCUCGGGACAUUCAGGUAAACCCCCCAGCCUCGAAUCCUCAGGAGGGUGUGAAGCCAGUGCUACAGUGGGACCAGCCACAGCGUCUCUCCAAGAAAAGUUCACAAAGAUGGGAAGUUGAAGAUGGAGCUGACAGUGUGGACAUCUGUGACAGAAAUGCCAGAAGAAUCCUCCCCUCCCCUCGCCCCAGUGAGCACAGCCAAGGGCCCAGUAGCUCCAGGACACAACUACAAGACAGCAUCUCCGCAAAGCCAAUAUCAUCCAUCCCUCUCACUGGAGACAGCCAGACAGAUUCCGACAUCCUGGCAUUCAUCAAGGCCAGACAGAGCGUUCUGCAGAAGAAAUGCCUGGGAAGUAACUGACUUUCUGAUGGGAUUCCAACCGUGUCCUGCAGACAGAAUGACUGAUGUGAAGAUAAAGACUCUGCCCCUCACUAGUGACCUCAGAUGCGACAUAAAGCCACCCCAGAGCAGCUGGCAAAUGUGAGGCCAGAGGAGGAGAGCUGUACUGGUUGGAGGCUCUGUACUUGUUGGGUGGUCUUGACAGAGCCGCUGGAAGGGUGGCCAAUGCCAAGGAGCUGAGGGCAAGGCUGGGUGGCUGCUCACUGUCGUGUUUAUGAGAGCCUUGGUGAUGGUGCAUUGCACCAUCAUAAUGUACAGGCAGGGGACAUUCCAGGCAGCACAACCUAGGGGGAUAAUAAUCUACUGUUUAUAGCUAUAUGCAGCCACCACUCUAGUCUACCCCUGGCUUAGAAGCCCAGGGAUGCCCAUGGCAGGCCAGGCAGGGCUUCAGAGCACCAGAUAAGACAGUAGAAUGUAGGGUACCUCAAGGGCCAGUGUCCCAGCCCAAAUGCUCCACUAUCACACCUUUGUCCUGUCUCCAGGGACCUGUGUAUCCUUGCAGUCUGAGGACUUCACAGUACCAGAGAACAGUGGCAAGUUCCCCGGAGCUCUGCAGGCAUCAGGACGAGCUAUUACCCCACCAAGCUGUGUGGGGCUCUACAAAAUUCAAGUCCAGACUCACUGUCCCCACGGGGAGAACACAGCUACCCUCACAGAGCUUGCCUCAGUGACCCUCCCAUCAUUCCACAGCCUGGCUCUGUGACUUGGACUCAGUGGACAUGAAGGGAGGAAAUACAGUCAUCAGCGGCCUGUGUUGUGUUUCCAACCUAGCUAGAGUUGGGCAGGGCAAUGGAGGUACAGAAAGAGGUGCCCAGAAAUUAUGACAGCCAAAUAAAAA